AUGGCCGCUUCAGUCAACAUGAACGCCAUGCCCGCUCCGGCCAUGCCACCUCCAUCAUUCACGAAAACAGAGUCUGCCGCCCAGAGCAGUCCGCAAAAACCAACAAAAAGCGCCAUGAAGUCAAUACCAUCAACCGAAGGAGCCGACGAAGAGGCAGAUGGCGAGAAGAGCGGCAGUAAGGAAGACGCAGACGGAACUGCACCUGCCAUGGCCACCAACAUGAACAUGUCAGGUGCUCUUCAACGCAAGAUGUCGGAGCUCCAGGCAAGCGGCUGGAGACCACCGGAAGAGUCGAUCGAUAGCGACGACGACUACGAUGGUGUUGAUAUGAUCAGCAACAGCGACGACGAAGAAAAGAGCAUGAGGAAAGCCGAAGAGAAGCUGAUGGCCGACGAUGACGAAGACGACGAAGAGAGUAAUGCCGCUCUGGCCCGAAGACUUAGUCUGUCUAGCCAGAACAGCAACCAAGCCGAGCUGGCAUACCUCGAGUUCAACGAUGAAUAUAUCCUGCCCGAUGACCCUUUCUCGCAGUCGUUCCUCGACGCUGAUCAGAUCAUGUCUGCUCCCGACUUCUUCCGUGAGGGCAGCCCCCUGACAAGAACUGAGAGCGAGCAGACAGUCCCUAAUCAGCGUCGGGUACGCUUCGAAGAGAGAGCAGAAAUGUCUGAUGAGACCGACUCGGAUGCCGAUAGCGACUUCUUCCCUGAUCUCUUCAUCCAGCAAGAUCAUCUUGACCCCCGCUUCAGACGGUUGAUCGAGAAGGAUGACGACCACGAGUUGUACCAGGACGACAGUAGUAAUGCCGGCUCCGAAUGGGACUUUGAGGCUGAUGAGAUGAGAAUGCUUCUCAUGGAAGAUGAAGAGGAGGACUCUGACUCAUCAGCAGGCUCCAGCGGCUAUGAAUAUGAAGAACCCAUGCCUCCGCCACCCAAGAGAGCCUCGACUGCCCCUACAAGUCCAAGCAGUGUCGCCACACCCCGCCCCUCCAACGCAAGCACGACUCACAUCAGACUUCCUCUACGCAAGAACAAGAACAAGCGCACCCCUACACAACCCAAGAUGGGCACUUUUAUGAUAGACCCUCACCGCCCCGUUCUUACCAUCGAUGGUGUCGGUGUCUCGCAGAAGAGCACUCUCUGGCCCGCAAAGAUUCAGUCUGCCGCAGACAAGCAGCUGUGGCAGCGCAUGCACAUGCUGAGCAACAACAACAGUCGCGCUACUAGUCGUACCACAAGUCCUCGCCAGUCUGUGCAGCUCACCCCCUCGGGAGAGAGCGACGGCAUGAGCAUUGGCGACGAGAAUGAUUUCUUCGACUCGUUCGGUGCCCUUCGUACCGAUCAAGUCAUUGGUCCUCCGGAAGCAUUCACUCCCUUUGUCGACGUCACUGCUUCCGGAGCCAUCAUUCACGACGACGAUGCUGCUGUAGCCGGUGCCGAAGAGGAACAAGAUCCCAUGUGUUUCUUGAACUUUGACGACGAUGACGAGGAUGAAGACAUGCCCGACGAGUCUGAUAACAACAUCGCCUCUCCUACCACUCAAUCUUUCUCUUCUCAGGUCACGAACAACCCCUCUUCUCAAUCCGGUGGUUUCGACUUGCUUGCUCAUCUCGACCGUCACGGCGUUGUUGGAUCCUUCCGUCGCAACCAACAAUUCGCCAAACACGUUGGAUCACUGCCUUCGCACCCUGCACUCAGAGCAUCUCUGUCGGAAACAAAUGCCAUGCAAACUGGUCGACGUGCAGCAGCCAACACACCCAUCACACCUCUAAGAAAGAAGAAGGCAAAGGGCGUCGGAGCACGUAACUCUCCGAUGACCACUACCAGCCCUCUCAAAAAGAGCCCUCCUCUCAAGAAGAAAGGACCCAUCAGAGGCGGUUUCAGCCGCGGCUGA